AUGCGUCGCGUUUCAGCAGGGUGGAGUUCAAGUUUUUCGUCUGUUCGUCCUUUUCUCUCUUUUUUCUCUUGGAGAAUUUGCUUGGAGACUUGCCCACUUUGGAGGCUGGUCCCCUAG